AUGGCGGAAGACAAUCUCUUGUACAUCGGGCUCAUAGACCUAAGAAAGGAGCAGGUGCUGGCCUGUUUCCCUAGAAGCGCAAUGCGUGGCACUGGUCUUCUUGUAGACGAGGGGCUGGAACAUGUAUACGAACAUGCAACGAAAGAGGACGCUAGCAGCUCCAUGCAGCAAAUACAGUUAGAAAAUAUCACCGUUUACUACAAGACGGAAGAUGACAAAAAAUUGGCUAUCUUGGUCAUGGUCUACACAGAGGGCUACCCGGAAAGGCUAGUUCAGAGCAUGAUCCAGGAAAUAUGGAAAACCGUGAGCUUAUUGGGCCAGAAGGGUGGCGUAGUCAAUUACAAAUCCAAGACCAUCCAACUACCGCUCUCCGCGCAAUUAGCACGCACUUUCAAACGCUACAACAAGGCAUAUGAAACAGACAACGUGCUUAAAGUAAGCGAAUGGCGAAACUACGUACAUUCCGCUCAGACACAAAUAAAGGUUCAAGAUGCCACCCAAGCGGUGCAGGAGUCUAUGCAACAGAUCAUGGACAGCUGCGCGAACAUGCAGCAGCUACAGACGAUGUCUCAAGCACUCAAAACAAAGACGAUUGUGCUGCAAAACCAUGCGACUAGCAUGGCCACCUACUUUGGCAAAAUGAUAAUAUGGUAUAUCUCAUACGCGGUCGUCGUAUUCCUCGUCAUAGCACUCUACAUAUCGCUGCCUAUCGUUCUGGCAGAACGCAAAUAG